CCCCCCGCCGCCCGGACCGGACCGGGUCACCCGCCCGCCCGCUCUGCCGCUCGGUGCCGGCUGGGGGCGCUGCCCUGUCCUCCCGCCGCCCUGAUCCGGACCGGGAGCCGCGGCCGCCGCCAGGCGCAGCCUCCGCCCGCCGCCCGCCUGUGUGGCUCUGUGGACAAGACUGACCAGGCCUGCUGAGAUGGAGAUGGGGGCCCCUUGACUGGAAAUCAUUUGCAGGACCAAGUACCUUCGCAGAGGGAUUUCCUGCCCAAUAUUUCUACCCUGGACCGGCACCACAGACAGGGUUGUUGCCUGAUUGCUGUCCGUGGGAUCUCAGCUCCAGGAGCACCAGAGCCAUGGAGGCAGGGAACAACGUGCUGUACGUGGACUUUCCCAACUUCAGCAGCAGCCUCCUGGAGAGUCUGAACCAGCAGCGGAUGGAGGGCAAGUUCUGCGACAUCUCCAUCCACGUGCAGGGCAAGGUGUUCAAGGCGCACCGGGCUGUGUUGGCCGCCUCCUCGCCCUACUUUCAUGACCAGGUGCUGUUCCGCAACACCAGCCGCCUGGUGCUGCCCGGCGUGAUGGACUCCCGCGCCUUCGAGAGCAUCCUGGCCUCCUGCUACGCCGGGCGGCUGGCCGUGCUGCCGGCUGACAUCGUCAGCUACCUGACGGUGGGCAGCUUCCUGCAGAUGUGGCACGUGGUGGACAAGUGCACCGAGCUGCUGAGGGACAGCCAGCCGCCCCCGGCCCCCACCCCCAGCUGCCAGCGCCCCUGCCGCACCGCCGACAGCCAGUCGCCCAGCAGCAGCAACUACUUCAGCCCCCGGGAGGUGGGCGAGGCCAGGCCCGAGCUGGAGGAGGUGGCGGUGAAGGCGGACGAGGCGCCAGAGGACGAGGAGGAGGACGAGGAGGAGGUGGAGGACGAGGAGGAGGGACGAGGCGGACAAGGCCAAGGAGCCGGAAGCCGAAGGUCACCAGCAACCAGGGAGGGGAGGGGGCCCGGCCCGGGCCCGCACCCGCGCUGGGUCUUCGUCAAGAAGGAGAAGCCGGAGGAGGACCUGGUGCUGACCUGCGAGGAGGACGAGCACCACUUCGUCAAGACGGCAGGCUGCCGGAGGGCCGAGCCCCAGUCGCUCAGCAUCACCGAUGUCUGCACCCUGGCCGGCCCUGAGCUGCUGGGCGCCGCCGCUGAGGAACCCCCGUUCGAGGAGCCCUCCGACCUGUGUGGCUCCUCCGAGGAGUUCGCCUACGAGGGGGCGGAGGAGAGCGGGUACCCGCCGCCCGGCGCCGGCGCUGCACUGGGGCUGUGCCGGCUGCAGGACGAGGCCCGGCAUGGGGCGGCGCAGACGGGGGCGGGGGCUGGCGGGGCCGCCGGCGGCAAGAUGUUCGCCUGCCACUGCGGCAAGGCCUUCACCCACAAGAGCCAGCGGGACCGGCACAUCAACAUGCACCUCAACCUGCGGCCCUUCGGCUGCACCAUCUGCAGCAAGAAGUUCAAGAUGAAGCAUCACCUGGUGGAGCACAUGAAGAUCCACACCGGCCACAAGCCCUUCGAGUGCCACAUCUGCGGCAAGAAGUUCAUGUGGCGGGACAGCUUCCUGCGGCACAGAUCCGCCUGCGAGAAACUGCAGCGGGCCACGAACAGAAACUCCACCGAAGCUGGAAUGAGCGGAGACUCCCAGGAGCUGGAGCUGGAGCUGGAGAUGGAGCGGAGGCUGAAGCCUACCUCUGGCCUCCGGCCUCUGCCCCUCUGGAUGUGGCCAGGCCUCACCACCAAGUCUGCUUGCCUCUCGAGCUCCCAGCCAUGCUGUCUCCGGCACGCCCAGUCCCUUGCCGCCUGUCUCCUGGCCCCUGUGACGCUGCGUCGAUGUGGUCAGGCAAAGCCCAUAGGACGGGGUUUGAUUUUGCCUGCAGAGGCCAGUCCAGUGUAUUGCAACGGGACGGGUCCCAUUGGAGGGACGUCGAGUUACCGGACCCUGCAAGCGGGGCACCGGGACGGCAACAUCGACCCCCGAACUGUGCCGAGCGCCGGGCCGGAGGCCGCCGAGCGGAGCCGAGCGCCGGGCCGGAGGCCGCCGACAGAAGCCGAGCGCCGGGCCGGGGGCCGCCGAGCGGAGCCGAGCGCCGGGCCGGAGGCUGCCGACAGAAGCCGAGCGCCGGGCCGGAGGCCGCCGACAGAAGCCGAGCGCCGGGCCGGGGGCCGCCGAGCGGAGCCGAGCGCCGGGCCGGAGGCUGCCGACAGAAGCCGAGCGCCGGGCCGGGGGCCGCCGAGCGGAGCCGAGCGCCGGGCCGGAGGCCGCCGACAGAAGCCGAGCGCCGGGCCGGAGGCCGCCGAGCGGAGCCGAGCGCCGGGCCGGAGGCCGCCGACGGGAGCCGAGCGCCGGGCCGGAGGCCGCCGAGCGGAGCCGAGCGCCGGGCCGGAGGCCGCCGACGGGAGCCGAGCGCCGGGCCGGAGGCCGCCGACGGGAGCCGAGCGCCGGGCCGGAGGCCGCCGAGCGGAGCCGAGCGCCGGGCCGGAGGCCGCCGACGGGAGCCGAGCGCCGGGCCGGAGGCCGCCGACGGGAGCCGAGCGCCGGGCCGCCAUCCGCCUGGAUGAAGAAGGUGGUGGUACUACCGCAAGGCCCGAGCCGCCCUUAGAGCCGGGACAGCAUCGCUCGGGCCGCUAUCUGCCGCACGGCGACCGACUCUGGAAGUAUCCGCCCCCCCCUCUCCUGUUGACCUUCUCCGGCCGCCGCGGGGAAGUACAGCGCGGGCUCUGCUGGAAGCCCAUGGAGCCGGGGAUGUUUCAGGUGGAGUUCCCCAACUUCGGCAACAACCUGCUGAGGAAGCUGAACCAGCAGCGGAUGGAGGGCAAGCUGUGCGACAUCACCAUCCACCUGCAGGGCCAGAUGUUCAAAGCGCACCGGGCAGUGCUGGCCGCCUCCUCGCCCUACUUCCACGACCAGGUCCUCCUCAAGAACGCCAGCCGGAUCGUGCUGCCCGGUGUGAUGAGCCCCAAGGCCUUUGAGAACGUGCUGGCCUCCUCCUACACUGGCAAGCUGACCAUCCUGUCACCGGAGAUCGUCAGCUACCUGACGGUGGCCAGCUUCCUGCAGAUGUGGCAUGUGGUGGACAAGUGCACUGAGCUGCUGCAGGAAAGCCAGUCGCCGCCGGCUCCCAGCCACCAGGCCGUCAGCCAGAACCAGUCGCCCAGCAGCAGCAACUACCUCAGCCCCUGGCAUGGCCCCGAGGCCGGCGCCAAUGUGCCGGCCAAGUUCGAGAGGCCCGAGGAGGAUGACAUCAAGCUGGAGGGCCACCAGGAGGAGGAAGAGGAGGAGGAGGUGGAGGAGGAAGAGGAGGAGGACGAAGAGGGUCAGAAGGCCUCCCCGGGCCGGGAGACAGAGCAGGACAACGUCAUCAGCAACUCGGCCGAGCGGGACAAGUUUGGGGGGGAGGGCGGGGCGGGAGACGGCGCCGACUGCCCCUACCCGGUGCCGGGCGCGGUGCCGCACAAGCGCUGGGUGCUGGUGAAGGCCGGCAAGUCGGAGGAGGGCAGCGAGGAGGAGCGCCCCUUCCACCCAGCCGCUGGCAAGAGGAGGAAGCAGGAGGGGGCUGGGGCGGGGGGAGCGUCCGAGCACGAGGCUGCCCACUUCGCCGAGCACUCGCUGGCCGAGGAGUAUGACGAGUUCGCCGAGGACCCGGGCUACGACGAGACCGUCGACUACUAUGGCUCGUCAGACGACUUCCACUUCGAGCGUAUGGUGGGCGUGGGCGGGGGCAGCCCCAAUGGGGCGGUGCUGCAGGCCAGCGAGAUCCAGGAGAACGGGGCGUACGGCGUGCUGGGCGAGCCGGGUCCCAGCGCCUGCCAGCCGCCCGCUGCCUCUGACUUUCCCGGCGGCGUCUACAAGCUCUACCCCUGCCAGUGCGGCAAGAGCUUCGCCCACAAGAGCCAGCGGGACCGGCACAUGAGCAUGCACCUCAACGUGCGGCCCUUUGGCUGCCCCAUCUGCAGCAAGAAAUUCAAGAUGAAGCACCACCUGAUGGGCCACAUGAAGAUCCACACCGGCCACAAGCCCUACGAGUGCCACUACUGCGGCAAGAAGUUCAUGUGGCGGGACAGCUUCACCCGCCACCGCAACGCCUGCGCCAAGCUCUACCACGCCGCCGCCCCCCUCCCCGACCUUGACCUCCCCUCCGACCUCAGCGGCGCGGCUGACCUCUGACCCCGGCCUCCCCCCCGCAGCGAAGGGUGGGGCGGGGUUCUCACCACCCCAACCAAAGAGUUAAGGGCUGGCGGCCAAGCUGAGGGCAGA